UUUGGGCCCUCCUCGGCUUCCGUCCCAGAUGAUCCCUCCCCGAGGCUGCCGCCGCCUCCUCCUUCCCCCGGAGCUGGAGCCACCCCCUCGGCCAGUGGCGUAGCCGGACUCCGUGUCGGGGCCAGCCAGAUAGGGGCGGAGGUCCUGAGCCCGGGCUCGACUGGAGCGGGGGGCCAUGGAGAAAGCGGCCCGGGGCGUUUUCCGCAGCGACUAACGCGGGCCCGUUGCGGCUGCAGGCGCCAUGGACCGAGCCCCCGCCGAGCAGAAUGUCAAGCUAUCAGCUGAGGUAGAACCAUUUAUUCCACAGAAGAAGAAUCCUGAUACAUUUAUGAUCCCGAUGGCACUCCCAAAUGAUAAUGGAAAUGUUUCUGGUGUAGAACCAACUCCAAUCCCCAGCUACCUGAUUACUUGUUACCCAUUUGUGCAGGAAAACCAGUCCAAUAGACAGUUUCCGUUGUAUAACAAUGAUAUACGAUGGCAACAGCCCAGUCCAAACCCUGCUGGGCCAUACCUCGCCUACCCCAUUAUAUCUGCUCAGCCACCUGUUUCUACAGAGUAUACAUAUUAUCAGCUGAUGCCAGCACCAUGUGCCCAAGUUAUGGGAUUCUAUCAUCCUUUUCCUACACCUUACUCCAACACCUUUCAGGCUGCAAAUACUGUAAAUACUAUAACCACAGAAUGCACUGAGCGUCCAAAUCAGCUUGGACAGGUCUUCCCAUUGUCCAGUCAUCGAAGCAGAAACAGUAACAGAGGACCAGUUGUACCAAAACAACAGCUUUUACAACAGCACAUAAAAAGCAAAAGGCCACUGGUGAAAAAUGUAGCUACUCAGAAAGAGACAAAUGCAGCAGGUCCUGAUAAUCGAUCAAAAAUUGUGCUUCUGGUAGAUGCUUCACAGCAAACUGAUUUCCCAUCAGAUAUUGCUAACAAAUCUCUCUCGGAGAGCUCUGCUACAAUGCUCUGGAAGUCCAAGGGCAGGAGAAGAAGAGCCUCCCACCCUACUGCUGAAUCCUCUAGUGAGCAGGGCGCUAGUGAAGCCGACAUUGACAGUGAUAGUGGCUACUGCAGUCCCAAACACAGCAACAACCAGCCUGCAGCAGGGGCUUUGAGAAAUCCCGAUUCUAGCACCAUGAAUCAUGUGGAAUCAUCUAUAUGUACAGGUAGUGUAAAUUGGUCCAAUGUAACCUGCCAGGCAACUCAGAAAAAACCUUGGAUGGAAAAAAAUCAGACAUUUUCUAGAGGUGGAAGGCAGACUGAACAAAGAAAUAAUUCACAGGUUGGAUUCAGAUGCCGAGGACAUAGUACUUCCUCAGAAAGAAGACAGAAUUUGCCGAAGAGACAAGAUAAUAAUAAGCAGUUAAACGCCAGUCAGUCUCAUAGAGGCGACUCAAAUUCUGAGUCUUUAUAUUUUGAGGAUGAAGAUGGAUUUCAAGAACUAAAUGAGAAUGGAAAUACUAAAGAUGAGACUAUCCAACAGAAACUUUCUUCAAAAGUAUUGGAUGAUUUACCUGAAAACUCACCAAUCAAUAUAGUUCAGACUCCAAUUCCCAUUACAACCUCAGUUCCUAAACGUGCAAAAAGUCAGAAGAAGAAAGCAUUAGCAGCUGCCCUUGCCACAGCUCAAGAAUAUUCAGAAAUAAGUAUGGAGCAAAAAAAACUACAGGAAGCUUUAUCAAAGGCAGCUGGAAAAAAGAAUAAAACCCCUGUGCAGCUAGAUUUGGGGGACAUGUUAGCAGCUCUGGAAAAGCAGCAACAAGCAAUGAAGGCACGGCAGAUUACUAAUACCAGACCUCUGGCAUAUACAGUGGUUACUGCAGCUUCUUUUCACACUAAAGACUCUACUAACAGAAAACCUUUAACCAAAAGUCAGCCCUGUUUGGCAUCCUUUAAUUCAUUGGACAUUACUUCCUCUAAAGCAAAGAAAGGAAAAGAGAAGGAAAUUGCAAAACUAAAACGGCCCACAGCACUUAAAAAGGUUAUUUUGAAAGAAAGAGAGGAAAAGAAGGGCCGUUUAACUGUGGACCACAACCUUUUGGGAUCUGAGGAACCAAUAGAAAUGCACUUAGAUUUUAUUGAUGAUUUGCCACAGGAGACUGUUUCCCAGGAAGAUACUGGACUGAGCAUGCCCAGUGAUACUUCGCUUUCUCCAGCAAGUCAGAACUCUCCAUACUGUAUGACACCUGUGUCACAAGGCUCUCCGGCUAGUUCUGGGAUAGGCAGUCCAAUGGCAUCUUCGACAAUAACCAAAAUCCACAGCAAAAGAUUUAGAGAGUAUUGUAAUCAGGUUCUUUGUAAGGAGAUUGAUGAAUGUGUGACUCUUCUUCUUCAAGAGCUUGUCAGUUUUCAGGAACGCAUCUACCAAAAAGAUCCUGUAAGAGCAAAAGCGAGGAGACGUCUGGUUAUGGGCCUAAGGGAGGUUACUAAACAUAUGAAGUUAAAUAAGAUCAAGUGUGUUAUAAUUUCUCCAAACUGUGAAAAAAUCCAGUCGAAAGGUGGCCUGGAUGAGGCUCUUUAUAAUGUUAUAGCCAUGGCACGGGAACAAGAAAUUCCUUUUGUAUUUGCCCUUGGAAGAAAAGCUCUAGGACGCUGUGUGAACAAGCUGGUUCCUGUUAGCGUAGUGGGAAUCUUCAACUACUUUGGUGCUGAGAGCCUGUUUAAUAAGUUAGUGGAGCUCACUGAGGAAGCCAGAAAAGCAUAUAAGGAUAUGGUUGCAGCAAUGGAGCAAGAGCAGGCUGAGGAAGCCUUGAAGAAUGUGAAAAAGGUGCCACACCACAUGGGACAUUCUCGGAACCCCUCUGCAGCAAGUGCCAUUUCUUUCUGCAGUGUCAUUUCUGAACCCAUCUCUGAAGUAAAUGAAAAGGAAUAUGAAACAAAUUGGAGAAACAUGGUGGAAACCUCAGAUGGGCUGGAAACAUCAGAAAACGAGAGAGAGGUUUCCUGUAAGCAUAGCACUUCUGAAAAACCCAGUAAACUUCCAUUUGAUGCAGCCCCUGUUGGUAAGCAGCCAUCAUUACUGGCUACAGGCAGUACUACCUCAGCUACAAACCCUGGGAAAUCAACAGUGAGCGAUAAAGAGGAGGUGAAGCCAGAUGACCUGGAAUGGGCCUCCCAGCAGAGUACAGAGACUGGUUCUUUGGAUGGCAGUUGCCGAGAUCUUCUGAAUUCCUCCAUCACCAGCACCACCAGCACUCUUGUACCUGGCAUGCUUGAAGAAGAAGAUGAUGAAGAUGAGGAAGAGGAGGAAGAUUAUACUCAUGAACCCAUAUCUGUAGAAGUACAGCUCAAUAGUAGAAUUGAGUCUUGGGUCUCUGAGACCCAGAGAACAAUGGAGACUCUUCAGCUUGGAAAAACCCUUAAUGGUUCUGAGGAAGACCAUGCAGAGCAAAGUGGAGAAGAGGAGGCAGAGGCACCUGAAGUGCUAGAACAAGGGAUAGAUGGUGAGGCCUGGACUACUGACCACCAAGCAAGUCAGGAGCAGCAGAAGCCUAGCAGUUGCAGCUCAGUAAACAAUGAGCCCUCUGAUCUUAAUUAUACGCCCCUAGGUCUAUAACUCAGGAAAUGUCAACUGUCUGUCUCCAACUGUGUAAGGGUUGCAGCCGUUAUCUGUUAUGCUUCAUCUCAACAUUUUGCACUGUCCAGUAUUUAAUAUAUGUAUUUAAUUUCUGACAAAUAUUUUUGUAGCUUUUACUUGUUUUACUAUAAUCUGUAGCUUAGCUUUUAAUUAGCAUCUAAGUAUCUUUCUAAGAGCUGUGUAGAAAUUCAGAAAUAUUCGAGCUUAUUUUGUCAUGGAAAAUAAUAAUUAAAAAAUAGAAGAAGGCUAGGUUUUUUAAAAGAAAAUAAAUUUAAAAUGCCUGUUGAGAGUCAUUUUGAAAGUUAAAGAUCAAGACUCUAAGGAUAGGAGCAGUUACCAAUGUUUGCUUCAAGACUAAGCCUCCUUUAAUCAAAAGCUGUUUGGGUUUCUUUAAAAAAAGAACUGGAGGUAGAUUUGGAGAACUGAAAAAGAAAAAAGAAAAAAAAAAAAACAAAAGACUUGAGGGUAGCGAAGUCCACAAUUGUUUUGUGUUAAAAAUUGAUGUGACUUUUCUUUGGUCCACAGAUGCUUAUUUCAGAAGCCAUUGAUCAUUGUAAUCAAUUAAAAUUGGGAUGAGCUAAAACAGAGCCUCCAAAUCUUAGGCUAGCAAAGAAGCCACCAUGAUACAUUAGAGCUGGCCUUACUUGUGGGACAUGAUAGAUGUUGUCUUUAAUAGUGAAAAGUCACCCAUGAUAGGACCCGACAGGUUCUGUCUCAUACUUACUUCUUACUUACCUCAGGAAUGCUCUUGUACAUAUUCGUAUCUGCAUAAAGUUAGGCAGAUUGUGGCAGGUGAAUAACUGUAACCAGUUACAUAACUGUAGCACUUACCACUUAAUGUGUAAACUCUUCAGAAACAAAGUCUUAUCCUAGUGUGUUCUUUUGCAUGCUUCUGAUUUGGGAUGCUCUGGAUUUGAUUAGGUAUCCAAACUAGUCCUGAGUGAAAAACCAUUACACCUUCUUAAAAAUAAUACAUAUUUUGUCCCUAGCCUUGAGCACCUGCCAUGUAACACCAACCACAGUUACUGAUAGGAGGUCAGGGAGAGGAACUUUUACAUAUAAUGUGUAUCCUGAUAAUCAGAAGGCUGGAAAAGGAAGUUUUGAAGAAGAGAGAAAGUUGUUCAAAUUGUGCUGAAAUUAUUAGAUGAUUUAGAGUACACAGAUCUAGGCAGGUAUUACCUCUUGAUCACUAUCACUUAUCUCUGCCCUUCUCUAGCAAUGUGUAUACCUGCUUGGGAGAAUUGAAACUUACUGAGCUAAAAGUUUUCUUUGCUGGUCAAUCACCUGGUAGUGACCUCUACAAGUUUAUGUCAUGUUGGGAGAAUUACAGUUUACCUCUUUUUCUCUCAUCCCUCCAACUUCUUCCCCUACCCAGAGCCUGCAGUUUCCCACACAGGCGCGCCAACUUUACACUCACAGGCUCCCACAAGCAGGCACAGAACUGAGGAGGGAGGGUUACUUCCCCUGCUCUGGUUUCAUGAGGCAGGGCUCUGCCUCACAGAGGCAGGAGAGAAGAAUUGGGCAGGUUUUGUACUGAACUCAUUGGGACUACUGUGCUAGUUUUGAUGUUUUAUAAUGCUGGCUUUUAAUACUGGAGAGGUGAUUUUUGGAUGAUGAUUUACCUAUUUGUGCGUUGUGAAAGUUUAGGAGCAUUGCCGUAUAGAAAAUGUCAGUCUGUCAACUCUUAGCGUGCUAAAAGGGGACAGUAUUGUCCUGUUGAAACUGUUCUCCAGUACAGACUUCUUAGGCACAAAGUGUUUGCUGUAGUACUUAAAGGAAUGCAGCAUGUAAGGAAUGAAGCCUCUGAAAUAGUAAUCAUGGAUGUAUAUGUGGCAGACCUUACUGUGUCUACACAUUCGGGAGUGUUAGUCGGUUUAAGGAAAUGAUAGAGAUUUUGAACUACUGACAAUCUUAAAAGUGAACUUAAAAACUUUUCAUACUUUUUAUGGUGUAAAUUUCCUUUGCUUGGUGUCAGUGAUUCAGAUAACUCUUGAUCUUGAGGUAUAGGCUUUUCAAAGGUUUCUUAUAUUUUAUAUCUCUUCUGAGUGAGAAUUGUCAUUUUACAUUUUUGACAUUUGUAUCAAAAGAGGAGUUGAGGAAAUCUUCAGAACACCAGUAACUUUUAAAUUCACUAUAGACUUCAGAAGUGUUUGAUUAUGUGUUAGAUAAAUGCUCUUGCAUGUGCAGACUCUUCUGCCAGCAAACCCAAGGGACCACAGCCUUUUUUAUAUGAGACAGGUCACUCUAGAGGACUGUCCAGAAUUUAUCAAAGGAAAUGCUACUGUGUCGAAAAGUAUCUUAAGUAAGUAUUAAUAAUGUCUUUAUAAUUUGUUUCCUUUAGAUAAAUUCUGGAAUUUGUAUAUUCUAUACAGCAGGAGGUGUAAAAAUUGGGAAGUGGUUUCUCGUUGUUUGGUUUUUGUUUGGAUCUGGGAGUGGGUGGCUCUUCGGAGAUCUAAUGGUAAGAGUAGAAGUUCAUUAUCACAAGAAAUAACCAUAGUGAUUUUUUUCUUAGUGUGUAGAGGUUGUUUUAUGGCAAUAAUUAAUAUUAGAUUUCUAUUUCAGUACAUAAGUAUAAUGAAUUAUAAUAUGAAUUGCACUCCCAGAACUAGAUAUCUGCUUCAGUAGGUUUGUUUGCUGUGAAGAUUACUUCUCAAAAGACAAAUGUUCAUACUAGCUUAAUUUUUGGUUUAAAUAUGUUUGUAAAUGAUGUAAUAUAUUUCUUUUGACUAAACAUGGGAAAAAUAAUGUGUGUUAUACAUUGAAAAGUUUUUAAAGGCUUUGAUUGGAGGUCAUUUUUGCAGAGAGGGUAUUUUAUAUGCUUCCAGUAUUUGGAAAAGAAUUAGUCAAAAGGAAUUCACAUAGUUUAAAUAUUGAAAAAUUAAUAUCCAAAUAAUGUACUUGUCUGAUUUCUUAAUAAGCUGGGGGAGGUGGGCGGGGUGGGGAUUGUAAUGUGCAAAUGAGUAGUGAACUCUACAUUCAUUUUUCAACUCUUUAACAUAAAACUCUUAAACCUUAACACAUUGUUACUUUAAUAUAUGUAUAAAGAAGUAUUACUGUUUGUAAAGCUGCUGUUUGCUUUAAAAAAAAACAAAACCUGUCAUUUAAGUAUUUUCUGUACGUUGUGCCAACAGGUUACAACAGUAACUUAUUCCACUUAAAAAUGUAAUCAAUUUUUGCUUUGAAAAUUUUUCUGUGACAUAAUUUAUUUAAAGACAUCUUCCUCCUCCCUUGCCCCUUCCAGCCUUUAUACACAUCACAGAGUAAGCCAAACUGUUUACCUAAUCUGAAAUCUGAAUCCUAAUUAAUUAUAAAAAUUUAAACUUUGUUGGCACAGCACACCUUAAAAGUAUUUGUGUUAUUUUGUAAUUUAAUUUCUAAAUAUACCACAUGAAUUUAUAAUUUAAUGUCUUAAUUGUAAUGCUCUAAUAAAAAAACUAGCAAAAUUAGUGAAUUAUAACAUGAAAAGA